AUGGCUCCUAAACGAAAGACUGUGCGAAAUGAUAAUGUUCCACGACAAGUUAUGCAAUGUAUUGGUAAACGAGUUGCUAGUGUCAACAGAAAUGAUGAAACAACAAUUGAUGCUAUGUCAUCGUUAAAAAAAAACCAAAUGAAGAAGACAAUUAAAACAAAACCUAUUGUGAAGAAAAAUAAGAAAGCCAAUAAUGAAACCAUUACAGAAAAUAGUGAGUUGUCAUUGCUUAUUUUAUUUUUCAUGUGUCUUAAUGUACGAAACGUUUUUGCAGGUUCAGUGAACGAAAGUGUUAAGUCAAUGAGUGUUGAUUCACUUAUUAAUAUCGAUUCAAUUGAAGUAGAAUCUGCUUCAAUGAGUGAAUCUUCUAUUUGUCCAAGUCCUCAACCUCAAUUAAAACCUUCAACACGUCUUUCCAUCAACACUAAUGAUGAUGAAGAUGAUGAAUUUUGUAAAAUGUUUAUGUCUAAUACACCCAAAGUCAAGAACAAUACUAAUUACAGUUCAACACCUUUGUGCAUUUCAAGAAAAAGUGAUAAAAAUGUUCGCACAACUAGUGAUUCAUCUUCAUCAUAUAAUGUGAAAGAUACUGCACUUAGUCGAUUAUCUCAUUCAAAUACUGAUAAUUGUUCAAAAAUAUCAGAUCUACCAGUGAAAAGUGUACAAACUCCCAUAAAUUGUAGUGUGGCUAGUGUUUUACCACAAAUUCAAACAUCAUCUUCGAUCCGGUCUUUAUCCAGUGUUCAAACUAAAUCGAAUAAUCUUGUAAUUUUGGAAACAUUUCCAGAAUAUCGUGAUCUGAAACGAAAUUUUGAACGUGUAUCAAAAGAAAAUGAAGCUUGGCUUGAAGAUUACAAAGCAUUAACAUUAAGAAUGAAACAGCUUCAACAAACUUCAUUUCCUCGACCAAGCGUUGAUGGACGUUUAUUUCUUGAGCAAUUGUUACAUUCAUUAAAGACCAUUGAAGCUGAUGAAGACAGACGAACAAAUGCUGAAUUAGCCGGUGAUUUAGGUUUAUCAGAAGCGACGUUAAUGUCAUUAUCAAAUAUUGAUCCACAAAAAGCUUCGUUACGCGUAUUUAAUGCUCUAUUUUCUACGAAUAAAAGUAAAGAAGAUUUAAAAAAUGUGGCUUAUGUUACAACAGAAUAUCCAAAUUUAUUAGACGAUAUACUCGUUUUCGCACGACGUUGCUCUCCAGGAUGUUCCUAUACAAUAACAAUGUUAAAGGAAGCCAUCGGAAAUUCAAUUCGUUGUGCUCGACAUAGUGUGAAAAAAGCCAACACGCAACAAAUAGCAGCAGCAGCAGUUUUUCAACUACAAAUGAACCACGAAAACAACGAUAUGAAUAACAUAUGA